UUGUGAAGUGCAGCUUUAGGGUUGCCAACUAUAUAUUUAGACCCACCCUUUUCACUUUCCUUCGUCUUCAUGUUCAUUCUUCUCUUCUCUCUUUCCCAAGGAACCAAUUUACUUUCAAUUCAUCCAAAAACCUUGUAACCAUGUCUUUUCCUCUAACUAUCUUUCUUCCAAACAUGUUGUAAAAUCCCCACUCUCACCUUAGCAUUUUCAAACAAACUCACAACUCCCCUGUUUUUUUUUCCUCUGUUUUUUUGACAUUUUCACUGUUCAGUGUUGACACGCGCAAAUGUCUUCCUCUAGUGUCUGCCAAGGGUUGCAAUCUUGUCUCGAACCCUGCGUAAUGGAGCCACGUGUACUCAGUCUCAAACUUGCACUACAACAAGGUUCCAAUUUUCCUCAACCCUCUCCCACCACUGCCAACAACACCAACACAAACUCAGUUUCGCUUUCGUCUCUCUCUGCCUCUCUCGAAAAACCACUCACCAACCAUGAAUGCGACGAGGGCCACACAGAAUCCAAAGAGGGUAGGGGCUGGAGUAUCCUUCAAACUCUCUCACAAUCUUCCGACUGUCACAACAAAACAGAGGACUCUGUCUACGUCCACCCCACAGUUAAACGCUCCUCCUCAAUUCUCAGUGACAAAAGCUUGGAAAUGUGCACCGAAAGCCUUGGCAGCGAGACCGGUAGCAAUGCCGGCGACAGCACCGAUGACAUCUCCUUGUUCUCUUUUGACGCUGCCAUAUAUAGUACUCUUACUUCUACUACUACUACUACUACUGAUGUUACAACUACCGUUGCAAGUUGGGAGUCCAAAAGAGUGAACCGGGUUUGCAACUUUCCACCGCCACUUACCACAAUCACUGAUUUGGGUGGCGUUCAAGUCCGGCCACGUCGCGAAGGAGGAAGGCUGAUAUUGGAAGUUGUGGCUUGUCCUUCUCCUUGCCCUUAUUUCCGGGCUGAGCGCGAAGAUGGUAGGCUCAGGCUGUGUUUGUUUGAGAAAUUUUCGGACAGUGAAGAUGAAGUUUGUGAUGUUGAGGAAGGUGUUGAAGAGAAAGAAGAAGAAGAAAAUGAAAACGAGAAAAGCAGAGAAGAGUGUGAUGCUGAGGAUAGCGGGGCGGAGGAGUGUGUUGAGAACGUGGAUGAAGAGAUGGGAGUGACGAAGUUCUCGAGACCAAGCAGUUGCAAGGAAAGUGGGAAAAGAGAGAUUUUUUGUGAUGGCUUGGCUAGUUUGAACUUCCCUCUCUUUCUCUCUGUUUCUGAAUAGAAUUUCGUUUACUGCUAUUAUCCAU